CCCAGACUCUACGGCGGCGGUGGAAGGCACCGUAAACAUAUCGUACUCUUCAUGCCAGACAGAGAAACGUCUAGAGCCAAGAAACGGAAAACACGCCACUUUCGACCGGUAUUCAGGAUGUCUCGCGCCACGGAACCACCACAACAACCCCCGUCAUCAAUUCUAUCUGCUCUUGUUGAUGAAGUGCUUCUUUCCAUCAUCGAUCAGAUCGAUUCGCGCGAGAACCUGAUUAAUCUCGCGUGUACUUGUGCACGAUUCCAGAGCCUGGUGGAGCCUUACCUAUGGCGUAGUCUGUUUGUGACGAGGGGCGACCAUGCUCGCGAAGUCGCUUGUGCUCUCGACAGCAGGGAGCAGCGUCCUUCUCAUGUCCGCGAGCUCUCGAUUAGAUAUCGUGACGAAGAUAGGGAAGGAAUCGAAGAGCUCAAUCAUUUCAUUGGUUUGAUGGAUAAGCUUCGUCACUUGACCAUCGAGUCGCCCUGCCCCAACAAUUCCGAAUGGCAUAAUAAACACUUUGAUGGUAGCACGAGGAUCGACUAUACUACACUCCUCGAGGCUGCUGUUUAUCCCCGCGCCGGACUCCCUGCUAUUCUCCCCGCACUGCAAUCCUUGACGCUACACGGACAUGGACCUGACGACAAAAAGUUCACAUUCGGUCGUUGCGCAGUUGUGUUCCUUCACCCUACUUUACAGCGGAUCAAAAUCUCGUGUACCAACUUCGAUGCAGAAAUUACGCAUGCGAGUAUUUCGUCGAAGAAGCACUCCACACCACUGCAGUCACUUACCCUGAUCGAAUGCAACGUCAACGUCAAAUUCCUCGAUGUUGUGCUCAGCCUUCCUAAGGCGUUGAAAGAACUCAAUAUUGGUGAGCGGGAGCAUGUUUUCGAAGACUGUCGCCCGUCAUCUGAUCCGACCACACAAACCUCAUCUCCCCUUUUCGUCGAGUCUCUCGAGCGUCAGGCACACUCCCUCGAACGGCUGAGCCACAACAGCGGCCAAAAUGCCUACACUGCACACGCCCAAUCACUGGAAACCGGCCAUCGCACGCUAUGCAAUCUCACCAGCCUGGAUAUCUUGGAGCUAGAUUACAACAACAUCCUCUUGAGAUAUCUGAAACAGAACAACUAUCCACCAUUACUCAAAACGAUCAAAAUAAUCGAUGGUGCUCGGGCUUACGGUGCAUUGGAUGCAUUACAGAUCGUUUUCCUCGCAAGGGACGUGCUCGAACGCGGCAAAGCGAUUGUCCACGAUUUACCGGCAACCACCAAUUUGGAUGUACGUUUCUCAAUGGCGAAUUACGAAAGACUCGUUGGCGACGAAGUGUUGAGACGUGAGCGUGAAUUCAUAUACCCGCUGUCAUCCAGUCUAAAAUCACGCAACGCUCGUCUCCGCAUCUUCGUACACAAGUUUCCCGGCGUAAAGACCUUCAUCCCUCCUUACAUGGUGGGUGAAAAGGAACCAUACGAGGCGGAGAUGUAUGAUUCUAGCGACUUUUGGUGCAUCAGUGGUACCAACUGGCGGUGGAAGGACGAUGACGAUUACGAUAUCGAGGGCAAGUGCGAAGCUUGCAUUGCGGACGGGUUAGACUGUCGAUAUGAGGAUGGCUCUGAUAUUUGCAUAGACUGUUCGCUUGGAUGGCCGGAUUGUAAGCCUUGUUUUCGGACAUGA